AUGGAGCUCCGUCCACUCCGUGUGAUGAUCUUGCUUAUUUCACUUAUCCGAGUCGGACAAGCUCAAGAAUUUAAGUUGUUUACAUUGACAGUGUGUGUUUGCUUUUUGACUUUUUCACCAGUUCUGUCUGUGGAGCCGAAUUCACCUCAAAUAUUCAGAGGAGAGACGGUUACACUCACAUGUAGGUUGUUAGGAUGGCGUGGACCGUACUACUGGAACAAAGAUGGUGUUAAUGUUCACAGUUCUGCUGAAAAUUACUACACUAUAAAUGUAGAUCAGAGUCACAAAUACAGAUGUUAUGUGUCUAUUGAUGGAUGGUCAACAACAUGGAGUAAUGAAGUCACUCUCUCAGUGAUAGCGCUCCCAAAACCUGUGGUGUCCAUAAAUCCUGAUGAACAGGUGUACAGAGGAGAGACUGUCACUCUCAGAUGUGACCUACAGGAUGAAGAGGACUCUGACUGGAUCUACAGCUGGAAUAAAGAUGGUUCUGGUGUCAGUAGUGAACAGGAGUACAGAAUCAGUAGUGCUGAAACAUCUCAUGCAGGUAAAUACACCUGUAGAGGAAGAGAGAGAGGAGGCUCACACUCCUCACACACCAGUGAUGCUGUUACACUGACUGUAUCAGAAAAACCUAAACCUGAACUCACACCAAGUCGUGAAGGAGCUGUACUGAAAGGAAACUCAGUGACUCUGUCCUGUACACUGAAGCUGCAGUCUGCUGCAUGGAGGUUUUACUGGAUCAAACCCACACAGAGCACUGAGACUGAAACAGAGUACUACAACAUCAGCUCCGUUAGAGUCUCUGAUGGAGGUCAGUACAGGUGCAGAGCUGGAAGAGGAAACCCAGUCUACUACACACACUACAGUGAUGCAUUCUGGGUAAAUGUUACUGAUGGAAAAGCUCCACUGUCGGUACUGAAGCUCCUCAGCAGUGCAGUAGCGGCCUCUCCGUAUGUGCUGGUGACCAUCAUUCUGGCAGUGAAAUGUUACAGAGCUCGAACUGACCCUGAUGAGGACAACAGACCAUACAGAGUGAUAGAAGCUGAAGCGUCUGUCUGAGUCUCAGGUGUUUACAUUAUUUUUUAUCAUCUAGCUUUUAUAUAACAGCAGCUCCCCGUGCAACAGAGUACGUUGCAUUUAGCCCAUGGAGCUGUAACGUGAUGAACGAACGACUCUGACCCGAAGACUCGAGAACUGAAAUAAUCAUUUCUGUUUCCGGGGAACAGACGUGAGAAAUGCGACGUGACCAAAGAAAGAACGACUCGGAUCGGGAGGUGAGGUGAACUAACAGACUGUAUAGCCUGAAGACCUAAUGCUAAGCUAUUAAUUAAUCAUUUCUGUUUCUCAUAAUUUGGCCUUGGCUGCAAUAGCCUAUAUUUGAUCUUUUAUUCCAAAUGUGAUCAACGUUUGCGUAAGUACUAGAUGUGUUAGUGAAUUUAACAUGUAACAUUUUAAUUAUAUUCUGCUGAAAUGAAAGAAAUGACUUGAAAAAAGAUUUGUUCAUUUUACUGAACGAGAUUCAAAGAUCCGAGUCAGUAAAAUGGUCCGAACUUCCCAUCACUACUGCUCACUGCAGAGCCAAAUAGAUGGAGCUGGAUGUCUAGCUCCACCUCUCUUGAUCUAGUCUAGUAAACUAUGGAUCUAGUCUAGUUUCACCUCUAUGGAUGUAGUCUAGUUCCACCUCUAUGGCUCAU